AUGGAAAUCCUAAAAGACCGUUAUCUGACGAUUUGUUCAACGAAGUAUUAUACAGCGGCCCCAGCUCAUGAGGUGGCUUCACUAUGGGACCAGCUGAAGACGUACCUUGGAGCUGGCGAUCCCACCCUGAGCGAACUCGACUACAUGUCGCUAACACACAUGCUCUUCGAUCUUUCCAUUUACAACGGGAAAGACGUUGAGGCCGAGACACUUUUCAAGACUUUUAGAGACCGGUUUGGCUCCAGUUCACCUUAUCUGCAUGUAAUGCAGGCAACACUUCUACAGGUCAACAAGGGUGACCGCGAAGCUGAAGAGUUUCUUACAAAGCUUUUGAAAGAUGCACUUGAAUACGAAACAGAUAUUAUUGACUACCUGUUGGUGAGCAAGAAACUGCUAUCAAUAAGGCGCAAGUCUAUAACGAAAGAGGAAUAUCUAAAGCAGCUUUUGGGCCUCGCAGAAAAGUUCCCCGUUGACGGUGAGCUAUGGUACGCCAUUGCUCAAGAAUAUGCUUCGCUUGGUCAAUUCGAGCAGGCUGCUUAUUCCCUGGAGGAGGUCUUGUGCAUCGCACCUUUCAACUAUGUCGCCUUUGCUCAGCUGAGCGAGGCCCUUUACUACAGGGCUCUGCGAGAGAAAAAGGAUAAAGACAGUCUACUCCAGCAGUCAUUAAGCAACGCUCUAAGAAGUGUAGAGCUUUCUGAGAAUUUCGUUAAGGGGUGGGCGUUUGUGGCUGUGACAUCCAAGGAGCUCUCUAAGGCGAAGCUGCUGAAUCUAUCCAAAAAGAAACUACGAGAGAUAAUGGUCGGCUGUAACGAUACAGACAAGGCCACUGCAAAAAAAAUACUAGAGAAUUUAUAA